AUGGGCCUGCUUUCACUUUUACGCAAGCUGAGACGCUCUGAAAAAGAAAUCCGUAUCCUUCUUCUUGGUCUGGACAAUGCUGGCAAGACUUCAUUGCUCAAGCGACUUGCAGGUGAAGAGAUUUUGGAGAUUAAACCAACUCAAGGAUUUAAUAUCAAAACUGUUCAGCAAGAUGGCAUCAAGAUGAACGUAUGGGAUAUUGGAGGCCAACAAACCAUCCGGCCGUAUUGGCGCAAUUAUUUUGAAAGCACAAAUGUCUUGAUUUAUGUGGUGGAUAGUUCAGACAAACGUCGACUAGAAGAAACAGGAACAGAGCUCGCAAACCUUUUGACAGAAGCAAAGCUACAAGGAGUGCCUCUUCUCGUAUUUGCCAACAAGCAAGAUCUCAUGAAUGCUUUGUCUGGCGACGAGAUUGUGGCAGGACUCAAUAUUGGUGGGAUUAGGGAUAGAGCAUGGCAUAUUCAACCUUGCUCGGCCAAAUCAGAUAUGGGUGUGUCGGAGGGUAUGGAAUGGGCGAUGCAGAUUGCACAAAAAAAGUAG